AUUGACUUGGGUGGAGAGCCCAUCAAAGGCAGCGACUACUUUGGAAAUGGCCGAGUGACAGAAUUCAAAUACGGUGCCAAACUGGGGACUGUGAUCCGCAAGUGGAACGGAGAAAAGAUGGCCUACUUAAAGAACUGGGGAGAAGGCUGGGGCUUUGUGCCUUCCGACAGAGCCCUGGUCUUUGUGGAUAAUCACGACAACCAGAGAGGACACGGGGCCGGUGGAUCUGCUAUUCUAACCUUCUGGGAUGCCAGGCUCUAUAAAAUGGCAUCUGGUUUCAUGCUUGCCCAUCCGUAUGGGUUCACACGUGUGAUGUCGAGUUUUCGCUGGCCAAGAUAUUUUGAGAAUGGGAAGGACAUCAAUGACUGGGUUGGACCCCCAAGUAACGAGGAUGGCUCCAUAAAGCCUGUCACAAUCAACGAGGACACGACCUGUGGCAACGACUGGGUCUGUGAACAUCGCUGGCGCCAAAUCAAGAACAUGGUUAUCUUCCGUAAUGUGGUGGACGGUGAGCCUUUCUCCAACUGGUGGGACAAUGGCAGCAAUCAAGUGGCUUUUGGCCGUGGUAACAAAGGCUUCAUCAUCUUCAAUAAUGAUGACUGGUGA